AUGACAGAUUCGAGUGGCUCGGUGCCAGACGAGUAUACUUCAUUACUCCCUAAGCUCGCAGACCAUGAUCCGGCAGGCAAUCCACCCGAAAAUGACGGCGAGAGUACGGAAACGACCUCUAGGGGACUUUUCCUCUCCGAGUUCUGGUUGUUACUGAAGAGUUCAAUCCCGGUGAUCCUGGCAUACACUCUCCAGAACAGCCUCCAAACUGUCUCCGUGCUCAUUAUCGGACGUUCCUCUCCCGAGAACCUCGCCGUUAGCGCAUUCUCCCAGAUGUUCGCCAUGGUCACAGCGUGGAUGAUAGGGCUAGGCGGCACGACGGCCCUGGAUACACUGGCCUCCUCGACGUUCACGGGGAGUUCCAACAAACAUGACCUAGGGAUCUUGCUCCAGCGAGGAUUCUUGGUUCUGGGCCUGUUUUAUGUCCCAGUGGCUAUCCUAUGGGCGUGCUCGGAGCCGGUAUUUCUCUUUCUCGGGCAGGAUCCGCAGUUGUCGCGCGAUAGUGCGAGAUUCCUCACUUGUCUUAUACCGGGGGGCUGGGGCAUCAUGAGAGCAGGGACAUACGUUCUCCUGAUCACCUCCCCACUCAACGCCGGCCUCAACUAUGUAUUCUGCUACACAUUCAACAUCGGCCUCCUCGGAGCGCCCCUUGCAACCGGUCUCUCUUACUGGAUAUCAUUCACACUGCUGGUGCUAUACUCAAAGCUAGUCGCCGGAUCCGAGUGCUGGGGCGGCUGGUCGCGAGAUGCAUUCCAAAACCUGGGCACAUUUGCCCGGCUCGCCCUUCUUGGAUUUGUGCACGUAGGCACGGAGUGGUGGGCCUUUGAGAUCGUGGCACUGGCAGCGGGUCGGCUGGGCACGAUUCCCCUUGCGGCUCAGAGUGUCAUCAUGACGGCUGACCAGGUGCUCAACACGAUUCCAUUCGGUAUCGGCGUAGCGACGUCCACUCGUGUUGGUAACUUGCUGGGAUUGCGGAAUGGCGUUGCAGCGUCACGCGCGGCCCAUACGUCUGCUGUUCUCAGUAUGGUGGUUGGCGGUGCUGUGCUGGCAUUGCUGAUGGGCACGCGAAACCAUUUUGCAAAGAUCUUCAACGAUGAUGCUGGCGUUGUGAAGCUGACUGCUGAGGUUCUUCCCUAUGUGGCUCUGUUCCAAAUUGCAGAUGGGCUGAAUGGAAGCUGUGGUGGGAGUCUGCGUGGAAUGGGGAGACAGCAUGUCGGCGCGCUGGUCAAUAUCGUGAGCUACUAUUGCGGUGCGCUGCCACUUGGUAUAUGGUUGGCCUUUCAUGGUUGGGGACUGAAGGGCCUGUGGGUGGGACAGUGUAUUGCUUUAUAUCUGGUGGGGUUCUUGGAGUGGAUUAUCGUGGCUCGUAGUCAGUGGGAGGUCGAGGUGCGUAAGGCAUUUUUACGGAUGGAUGUUCAUGACAGCUUGGAAGCUGGCUUUGAGACAUAG